AUGUGGAACAAAAUUCGUUCAUUGCAGGGACGGAAAUUUCACAAAAAUAUUUAUCUGACCACCAACUCAUCUCUAAACACCGAUUCAACUUCAAUCGCCCACCUCUUAGGUCUACACUUCGAAAAAAACUCCAGUAAUGAAAUGUACAGCCACGACUUCUUACGGGAGAAUGCAAACAAACCACCACCUCAACCCUCGUCAAUAUCACCACAAAACUCGCAUCAGUCCUACUUAAACAACCCAAUAACAAUCGAAGAAAUACUGAAAGCUCUUAAAAAAUGUAUUAAACAGUCCUACUAUUUCACUCCUGAACAAUGUGGAUUUCGGAAAAAUAAAGGUACAUACAACUGUCUAUCAAAAAUACACACAGAAAUUCAAAACACAUACUCCGAAAAUCAAUAUUUAGGUAUGAUUAGUCUAGAUUUGAUGAAAGCCUACGAUACAACAUGGAAACCACACAUUUUAACUAGUCUCUCUAAAGUACUUAGCCAAAAUCAAAUGUUUAAUUUCAUCAUAAAUUUCCUUAAAACAAGAACAUUCCAAGUAAGAAUCAACCAAUCUCUUUCCAAAGUCUUCGAACAAGCUAACGGAAUACCUCAAGGAUCAACUAUUUCAGUUACUCUUUUCUUGAUAGCCAUCAAUAAUAUCACUCAAAACAUAUCUUAUCCUAUCAAAUCUACCCUCUACGCGGAUGACUUUAAUAUUUAUUGCCGGAGCCAGAACUUAGCCACCGUUCAAUGCCGCCUUCAAAAAGCCAUCAACAACCUACAAAAAUGGACUCAAAUAUCUGGCUUCACUUUUUCCCCUGAAAAAUCAAAAUGCAUCGUAUUUACACGUAAACGCUUUCAAAAUCCAAUUAAGAUAAAAUUGGGCGUUCAUCUAUUAAUAAAUUACAAUACAAUCAAGAUACUUGGUAUCACUUUCGACAAAAGAUGCUCAUGGACACACCACAUCGAUUUUUUGAAAACAUCGACCUCUCCACGCCUCAAUAUUAUAAAAAUGUUAUCCCAUACCUCAUGGGGUUCCAAAUCUUAUGUACUGUUGACAAUUUACAAGUCUCUCAUACUAUCUAAACUCAACUACAGAUCAUUUAUUUGGACAACAGCUAGUAAAUCAAUUACAAAAAAACUAGAUACCAUUCACAACGCCGGACUUAGUAUAUCAAUCGGUGCCUAUCGCUCAAGCCCAAUACCCAGUAUCUACAACUUAGCAUGUACACCUCCACUAGACAUAAGAAGACUGAAAAUAACAUUAAAUCACGAAUUAAAAUUAGCAAGCACUCUUCCUUCACUAGACUUCAAUCCAAAAUUCAAAACUUUAUCAAUACUACUUCAGGAGAACAAUCUAGUGAUCUCCGAUUUAUUAACUAUUUCACCUCCCCUAGCUCCCCAAUGGAUAUAUCUCAAUGAAACUAACACCGAACUCUCCAUAUUAAAAAAAAAAGAUACUUCAUCUUCAAUAUAUAAACAAGAAUAUUUCCACUUGAUACAAAACAUAAAAUGCGAAAAAAUGUACACGGAUGCAUCCAAAAACCAAAUCGGGGUCGGAGCUGCAGUUGUCUGGAAUAACAUUAAAUUUAUGUACAAACUCCCUAAAUCCUGCUCAGUCUUCACUUCCGAAUCAUUCGCAAUAAUCAAAGCCCUCGAGUUAAUAACUGAUCAUCAGCUCCAAGACACCAUCAUCUUUACUGACUCCCUCAGCGCCAUCAAUAACAUCAAAAAUACUAAUAACCCAUCAGACAUUGUUGUAAAUGAAGAAAAUAUUUUAUUAUCUGAUCAAGAUCGCCACACUCAUAUACCAUGCAAUGAUUUAGAUAUAAACCGGCAAAUGCUGAGUACAACUUGUAAACGAAAAGCUUCGGAAGAACUUUUUAUACAACCAAAAAAAAUUAUUUUAAAAGAAUUAGCACAGAACUCUCAACUUGCUGAUGGCCUAACAUCAAAUGAUUUUAAUACAAUUAGAAAAGUAAUAUAUAUAAGUAGACGUAAAGUUCUUCCUGUGUUGCCAAGUAAUAUAAUUGAAGCACACAUGGCUUUAAAUACAUCUGAAACUGUAACCUAA